CUGCCGUGCGUCGCAUUUGCGUCGCGCGGGGGAGGGGCCGCCCCAACGGUCGUUCCUUCUCAGCGGCCGCCGCCGCCGCUCGCGCUUCUCCCGCGGCCCCUCUGCCGGGGAGGAUGCGCCGCCUCUUCCCGGCCGCGGCAGGUAGACGGGGGAGACGAUGAGGGAGCCGCCCCGCCGGCUCCUGGCCCUGGGCUCCUGCCUCUUCCUCUGCGCCCUGCUCUGGCUUCCUGUUUGCAAUGUCUUUUGUAAAGACAGUCUUUCAUCGGCAGUGCAAUAUACUUCAAGUGAUGCUUGUGCCCUGGCAAAUGAUGAUGAAAAUGUCCAGGAAAAGGGGGAAGAGGCUGGUCCCAGACUGGAGUCUGAGCAUGCAGACUCAAGUAUGCGGAGUUAUGCUACAGAAGAGCUACUUGAUGACCUUACAAAAUCUGUCCAGACUACAGAAAUGAGUGAAGCAAGACAGCCUGAAGUUGAGACACCACCUUCAGUAGAUUUCAAUGAAGCUUCAUCUAGCAUAGUUGCAAGCACUGAAAACACUUCCAGUUCACCUACCUCAGAGAUACCUCCAGUCUCACAGCCCGAUGCAAUAGAAAAUUCCCGUGCUGAUAUCCCUGUAGUCAGCUCUAGUGAAGCUGAGCAGUCAGAACCUGACUGUGAUAUUGGUGGGACACUUGAGGCUGACCCUCAGAGUGAGCCUUCCUCUUUUGUCAGUCCACCAGAGAGCCUUGCAGGUCAACAUAUAGAUAACAUAUCAUCUUCACACGGCAAGGGAAAGAAGACAAAAUCUGAGUUUGAAUCGAAAGUUUCAGCAGCUGAAAAGGGGGCAGAUGAGCAAAAAUCUGCUCUGAAUGCCUCAGAGAACUUAAAAAGGGAGAAAGACUAUAAGAAAACAGGAGACAUUGACCCUACGUCAGUGAUGACUCCCAAGGACCCUGGAGACAUUCCAACAUUUGAUGAAUGGAAGAAAAAAGUCAUGGAAGUGGAGAAAGAAAAGAGUCAGUCAAUGCACCCUUCUGCUGUUGGUGGGCAGCAUUCCACAAAAAAAGUCCAGAAAAAUAGAAAUAACUAUGCCUCUGUAGAGUGUGGUGCCAAAAUUUUGGCAGCAAAUCCAGAAGCAAAGAGCACUUCAGCUAUUUUGAUGGAAAACAUGGACCUUUAUAUGCUAAAUCCUUGCAGUACUAAAAUCUGGUUUGUUAUUGAGCUCUGUGAACCAGUCCAAGUAAAGCAGUUUGACAUUGCAAAUCAUGAAUUAUUCUCUUCAACUCCUAAAGACUUUCUGGUAUCUAUUAGUGACAGGUAUCCAACAAACAAAUGGAUUAAAUUAGGUACUUUCCAUGCCAGAGAUGAGAGAAAUGUCCAAAGCUUUCCUCUGGAUGAACAGAUGUAUGCAAAAUAUGUUAAGAUGUUCAUCAAGUACAUAAAGGUGGAGUUGAUAUCGCACUUCGGAUCAGAACAUUUUUGUCCUUUAAGCCUUAUAAGGGUAUUUGGUACUAGCAUGGUUGAAGAGUAUGAAGAAAUAGCUGAUUCUCAGUAUCAGUCCGAACGCCAGGAACUCUUUGAUGAAGAUUAUGAUUAUCUAUUGGAUUACAAUACAGGGGAAGAAAAGUCUUCAAAAAAUCUCCUAGGUUCUGCUACAAAUGCUAUCCUAAGUAUGGUAAAUAUUGCUGCUAAUAUGCUUGGAGCCAAAACUGAAGAGUCAUCUGAAGCUGAAGCAGGGAACACAAGUGUGUCUGAAAAUGUCACUGUUACCCCUGCAACUUCAACAGCUGCACCAAGACUGCCUGAACCAACUCCUGUUCCUUCACCAGAACUUGUUACUACAGAUAUUCCACAGAUAGAUAAAGAGCAAUUAAUUGUGGAUUUGACAAAGGAAAGUCCUAUUGUUCAGCUAGUACAAGAGUAUGAAGAAGAUACAAGCCGGUCAACAGUAACCUUGCUGCCCAGCGAUGAUCAGGAAGAAGAAGCAUCGGCAUGGUUUGAACUUGAGACAGAAAAGUACUGCUAUGACAUGGCAACAGUAUGUUGUAUUUCCACCUUUUCAGAAUACCUGUUUAAAUGGUGUUCAGUUGCAGUAGCCAUGCACCGUCAGCAUAGUAAAACUGAAGGUAAACAAGGGCAAGAUUACUCUGCUGAUGUUCAGCAGCCACAGACGGUUCUGACUGAACCUAUACAUGCGUCUGUAGAUGAGCCUCUGCCUGAGCAAUCAGACAGCAAAGUUGAGAGUUCAUCUGGAGCUACUGUUGCGGUUGACUUCAGCAGUGUGGUCCCUGAGGAGAUCGGUAAUGAGACCACAGACUCAAUUGAACUGGAGCCAAGCCAUCCUCAAACUGUCUCUCAGUCUCUCCUCUUAGAAGUUACUUCUGAAGUUAAGCCAUUGCCAACAACAGACAUGGCUUUGGAGCCUGAAAAAGAUGAUGUGAGCCAGGUAGCACCAGGGAUUACACCUCGGUUGGAUAUACCUGAGAUCAGUGCAGAAACAGAAAAGGCUGAGAGCUCUGUUGCAGAAGAAAGCCCUAUAGCUUCUGAGACCAGUGUGGCUACUGAGGUACAGGAGAUGAGCACAAGAGAGGCUAUGGCUACUCCAGUGAUUUCAAAGCCUACAGAGACUGUUCAGCAGCUUGAAUAUACAGUGGACAUGCUAGCCAGUGAGGCUGGGGAAGUAAAGGAAAGCACUUCAGAAGUGCAGAAACCUGUUUUGCCUCCUGUUGAGUCUUCUGUAUCUGCUGAAACAAAGGAGGAUGAUCAAGCAACAGAAGAAGCUUUAAUGGCAAUUCCGGUCUCUGGGGGACCACAGAGAACAGCUACAGAUUUCUAUGCUGAAUUGCAGAAUUCAACAGAUCUAGGCUAUGCUAACGGAAAUCUUGUUCAUGGAUCUAAUCAAAAGGAGUCUGUCUUCAUGCGCCUUAAUAAUCGCAUAAAAGCCCUGGAAGUAAACAUGUCUCUCAGCAGCCGUUACUUAGAAGAACUUAGUCAGAGGUACCGAAAGCAAAUGGAGGAAAUGCAGAAGGCUUUUAAUAAAACAAUAAUAAAACUUCAGAACACCUCAAGAAUAGCAGAAGAGCAGGAUCAGCGGCAAACAGAAGCAAUCCAGCUGUUACAAGCACAGCUCACCAACAUGACACAGCUAGUUUCUAAUCUGUCAACAACUGUGGCAGAAUUAAAACGUGAGGUUUCUGAUCGGCAGACUUAUCUUGUGAUUUCUCUGGUUCUCUGUGUCAUUCUGGGCUUGGUGCUUUGUGUGCAGCGGUGCAGAAGCUCUUCUCAGUUCUGUGAAGAUUACCUCUCAAAAAUUCCUAAAAGUAAUCACUACCCUAGCCCCAAAAGGUGUUUUUCCUCUUAUGAUGAUAUGAAUUUGAAAAGAAGAACUUCUCUUCCACUGGUCAGAUCACAGUCUUUUCAGCUAGCUGGCAAAGAAGUGGAUCCAGAGGACCUGUACAUUGUAGAACCCCUGAAGUUUUCCCCAGAGAAGAAGAAAAAGCGUUGUAAAUACAGAAGUGAAAAAAUAGAGACUGUUCAGUCAGCAACAGAGCCUGUGCAUCCGAUAGCCAACGGGGAAAUUAAAGGAAAGAAGCCGUUUACGAACCAGAGGGACUUCUCCAACAUUGGGGAAGUUUAUCACUCUUCAUAUAAGGGUCCUCCAUCCGAAGGAAGCUCCGAAACGUCAUCGCAGUCCGAGGAGUCCUAUUUUUGUGGCAUUUCAGCAUGUACGAGUCUGUGCAAUGGCCAGACCCAAAAGACAAAAACUGAUAAGAGGGCUAUAAAACGAAGACGGUCUAAAGUUUCAGACCAAGGGAAGCUUAUAAAAACUCUAAUACAGGCUAAGUCAGGGUCAAUGCCAAGCCUGCAUGACAUAAUCAAAGGAAACAAAGAUAUAACAGUGGGAACACUUGGUGUCACGGCAGUUUCUGGACACAUCUAAAACUAGCUGAACUUCUCAAACAGGAGUGUUUGUUCGUUUGAGAACAGUCUGUGGUAUUCUGUGGGAGGAUAGUGGGAGACGAAGAGCUCAACUAAUUGGAAAGUAUUCAGAAAUUUGGUUUCUGUCUUUUUAAAUAGAUGGGAUUGUGUCAAUCGUGGCUAUAAGCUGCAGCUUUACAAGGCUGGUAAUUUCCUAUGAGAACAGCUUGGGGGGAGGGAGGGCAGGGUUCAUUUUAUAAAGGUUUUUUUUUUCACAGUUCCUGGGGCAGAGAUUUUUUGAAACCCAGUUUGUUGGGUGGAAUAGGGAUAAAAGCCUAAUCCUCUUCCUUUAGCUUUGUUCCUAUUUCUUGCACCUUCCCAUAUUUAUGUGCCUUUUGUCUAUUUAUAAUGCCACUGGAAGAGGGGAAAUACAAUUGUUUGUCAUUUGAUUUAUUUUGUAAUUUCUCUAGCUUUUUUUGAAGAUGCAACACUACAGUGCUGUAAAGGGACAUGUGUUGGCCUUCAGCUGGACUCAGUAAUGUGGACUGGAUACUGUAAAAAUCCUAAUAGAUGGACUUGCCUGAUGAGAUUUUGGUUUUGCAAACUCAGUUGAGGAAAAUAUCUCGCUGGGGAUGGUAAUUUGGAGCUGUAGUCUUAUGUACUAAAUAAAUGACAGUGGCUCUUUAGGAUUUCCUCUGUAUGAUGGGAACUUAGGCUGCUGAAUGCAUGUGUUGCCUGAAUUGCCUGUGAAUGAGGUGGAUGGGGAACACUUGCCAUUUCUGUGCUGAGAGUUCAGGAAAGGCUCAGCUGAAGAACAUGAGGGUGAGCUGGUGCAGCUGCAGCUGGGCCUUCUCCAAGCCCGCUCUGGAUGUGUUGAGUUUGCAAAGCCUUGGGGUCUGACCAGUCAGGCUGGUUCAAAGUGGGUAUUUCUGUAAUGUUUGCUUUUGUAUUGGCUAACAAAUGUGCAGUGUUUGUAUGGUUGGUAUUUUCAUAUCCAAGUUGUUUUUUUAUUUUGACUGUGAUUGUAUAUUUGGAUACUAUAGGAUGUGUGAUUGCUAAAAUGUUGAGUGUGACUGUAUAUUUGGAUACUACAGAAUGUGUGAUGGCAAAAAUUUGAGUGUGUAUCUGAGAGAGUGGAACAAAAGGUUAUUCCUUUUGACAGGUGUUACAGGUUCACGUUGUAAAAAACUAAGUUAACUUAUUGAGCACUUUUAGUGGUACCCUUGUUAACAGAUCUAAUGCCUUUCCUGGGUAUUGUAUGUAAUGUGACUUAUUUAAAGCCUUUGGUUUUUUUGCUGCUUUCUUGUUAGUUUAUGGAUACUUUUAAAGUGAUGUACUUUUGGAGUUGAUCUGCACAAUUAGCCAGUCAGAGCACAUGAACCAGACAUAUUGAACAUGAAUUCAGAAGGGUUUCAAACCUGGAUGAGGAAAAUACAUACCACCUGAGUGCGGCAUACAAUGUUGUGGAACAAGACUAUGUAACUGCAGAGCUGUAGUGCCAUUAGAAACUGUGAAUUUCCAAAUAAAUCUGAACACUUUGUCUUUCA